AUGCAAAUUGAUGGAAAACAGAAGCGCUACUGCUCACAGAAUCUCUUUUAUCGUGUUCAUUCUCGCAAUGGUGAGAAAGUCCCAAGGUCAUGGUUGUGUUAUUCAUCAGCAACAUCUCGCAUUUACUGCUUUGUAUGUAAAUUAUUUUCUGCUGAUGAUAUUUCAUUCUCAAGGAAUGGUUUUUGUGAUUGGAAAAAUGCAGCUUCACGAAUACAGUCACAUGAAAACAGCAUUGCACAUAGAAAUGCAACAAUCACAUUCAGCCAAAGAGUACAAGUCAGAGGAUGUGUAGAUUCAGCAAUAGUUGAGCAAUACAGACAGGAAUGUGCAUAUGCAAAAUCUGUGCUAGAAAGAGUUGUCUCAGUUAUCAAAUUCCUUGCUGAAAGAGGGCUCGCAUUUAGAGGACAUUCUGAAAUAUUGGGGUCAAGUUCUAAUGGCAAUUUUUUGGGAAUUUUGGAGUUGAUUGCUAAGUUUGAUCCAUUCUUCUCCAGUCAUAUUGACAACCAUGGUGGUAAGGGGAAAGGCUCUGUUUCAUACCUGUCAUCAACAAUUUGUGAUGAGUUAAUUGAUGGCAUGGGAAAGCAAGUUAUGAAAACAAUAUUGUCUGAAAUACGUGGAGCAAAAUUUUAUUCGAUUUCUGUUGACUCUACUCCAGACAUAUCUCAUGUUGAUAGGCUGUCAUGUGUCUUUCGAUAUGUUUUGAACGAUGGCCCUAUAGAAAGGUUUGUGCAAUUUUUAAGCAUGAAAGGACAUGGGGCAGAAGAUUUGUUUAACAGUUUAUACAGCUUUCUGGAAGAAGCAAAGUUGGAUAUAAAAUUUUGCCGAGGUCAGUCCUACGAUAAUGCUAGCAAUAUGGCAGGAAAAUAUUCAGGGUUACAGGCACGCAUUCGAGAGAAGAACCCAUUGGCUGAAUAUGUGCCAUGUUUUGCACACUCCCUUAAUUUAGUCGGUGCAUCAGCUGUAAACUGCGUGACAACAGUGAGUGGAUUUUUUGAUUUUGUACAAAACUUGUAUGUCUUUUUAAAUGCAUCAACCCAACGGUGGGAGCUUCUAACCAAAGGAUUGGAUAGUAACCAGUAA